GUAGAAUUGGCGACAAACAGACAUGUCCACUGCAAACGAACAAUCUGUUUGCGAGCAGGUUCUCUAUCUAGGUAAAAAGCAAAAGGUAUGUACAACACAGUUUUUAAUUCGAAUUCUUCGAUUGUAGUUCGGAAAAUAUGCUCAUAUUUAUAGUCUUAAAGUUUAACAUCUCAUUUAAGCUUAACAAGAAAUAUAUGCGAAGUGUUUUUAGUUGUUGGAAUAAUAUUAUAUGCUAACAUACAUAACUUCAUACAUAGAUAACCUCAAAGAUCCGUUGAAAACAGCAAGAAGGAAAAUUUGAUUCACGACGGCCAUCUGUAGCUGAGCGAGAUCAUUUCCGGAUGGCCAUUCAUGUUCUCUCCAAAUCAGCCCCAAAUUUACCUUAAAUAUUAGUUUCAACAACUCAAUAAAUUUUUAACAAAUAAAUGACAGUGAAUUCUUCUUUCCUUUCUUAGUGGGAACACAAAAACAUUAGCGUGAAAAAGAACGACCGCAACGGAAAAUGUAAGUAAUUUGCUAUAAAACUCAACAUGAGAGCAAAUACAAAUAACACCUUGACGCGCGAAUUUCAUCGAAUUGCAUUGUCACGCGAAUUAUAUUAGCCAUAACACAAACUGUUUGAAUUUCAUCGUCAAGUUGUAGCCUGAAUACUGAGGAGAGGGUUUUACGAAAGAAAAAUAUUAGUUCAGUCUGUAAGUUUGUAAUGUUGUCACUCUUCGAUCGAUGUCUUGUGGGGUGAAUUUAAUUUGCCACUACUAUUUCCGUUCACCGCUGUGCUCUCAUUACUUUUCUAAACAAGAACAUCAUAUAUUUUACGCUACCUGUCAAGCUCAAUUGUUUUGGCGCUUCAUUAUAAUUUGUAUGAUGCGCAAAUCAUUUGCAAACAACCUCAUCGGCUGAAAUAUGCUAAUUUUAAUACUUUCUUUUUUAUACACCGAUUUCAUUUUCUGUGUUAGUAAUUAAUAAUAAUUAUUUAAAAUUAGCGGUUAUACUAACAUUUUUACCGGUGUUUGUUGUAUUUAUUGAGAGUACAUUCUAGUGAAUUUAUUGUCAGAUAUAUUUACCGUAGAAUCGUGCGCAAUCUUGUUAUGUUAUCUUCCCGGGGGGGGUACUCCCUAAUAUGGGCUAUAUAGGUAUGUGCGGCCCCAAAGGGUAGGGUUUUUCAGCCGUUUUGGUCAUAAAUUGCGUAUCGAUUUUGGCUAUUUUGCCGCCAUUUUGGUCAUAAAUAGGGUAACGAUUUUUACACUGUAGUCUUGAAUGCACUUUUUUAGAAGAAGCUACUUCCUUAUCAUGUCCCCCUAACCUAAUAAAAGCAGAUAAACAUUGCCUUUAACAUUGGUCUGAACUAGGGAAAUAAUUAUAAGGCAGGUCUGAAACAGGGUAUUGAUUUAAGGGUCAGGUCAUAAAUAGGGUAUCAAAUUUUUGGUUUGGUCAUAAAUAGGGUAGGGAAAAUCGCAGAUUUUGGUCAUAAAUAGGGUAAGGGUUUUGGGAAGCGGGUCGCACACCCCUACCCAAUUUUUCUGCGAGUACCCCCCCCCGGGGUUAUCUUGUUACGGUACCUUUUUUUAACUUUUCACCUAAUCGACUGGCAUUAACAAAAAAGGUAACAAUUUUGCAUUUUGUUCUAUGAAAAAUGAAUGCAGAAAGUUAAUUUUUCUGCUCUUUUCAAGUAGCAGAGUUGAUCUUUUUGUAAAAAAGUAGAAUUGCCGGAACCUUUCACUGAUUUAGAACAAACUGCUUCUAAAUAGCAUGAAUGAUAAAGUAGUUUUGUCAGCCAACAGUUAUGGACCCACGGCAUAAUAGAAGGAUUUUUGGGGGUUUGAAAUUUUCGAUUCCAGGAUUUUUUUAGGCAGGAAAAUUUGGCAAGUAUUUAUUUUUUGGUGGUUUGAUUUAAAGUAGGGAUUUUUGGGGGUGUUCAAAACAAGAUAGUACUUUCUUAUCCUGGCCAAGUUGUAGUUCUGCAAAAACAGUACAAACAAUUUGGCUUGGCAUUUUUGGGGGGUUAAUUCUUGGUCUAGGGAUUUUUUUGGGUUUUGAUUUUUGCCCCCAUUCAAUCAUUCCCGUCACUUGAAAUCCAGAGUACCUCCACUGGGGUUAUGGACAGCCAAGCCACAAACGAUAUUUAGCAAAUGGAGAUUUAUUUAGUGAAAUCCUUUUUCCUUCCCUUCCCCCCAUUAGUUUGUAACAAAAUGGAAGGGCCCUUCAUCUUAGCUCCAAGUAUUUCUUCUUUCUACAUUUUCCAUAGACAAAUUAAUUUGAACAAUAAUCCACCCUGGCAGUGAUCCAAAGAGGAUGAUGAUGUUUCUUAAUAAUUUUAUUUUCAUCUCAAUAAUAAAUCAGUUAUCUAUCUCCACCUAACCACAGCUUUACAGAGGUGAAGUGGUCAUCUUAUAGUAUCACUUUCUUUUGAGCUUCCUGUCUAUCACUCCACCUCACCACAGCUUUAUGGAGAUGAAGAGGUCAUCUUAUAGUAUUACUUUCUUUUGAGCUUCCUGUCUAUCACUCCACCUCACCACAGCUUUACAGAGGUGAAGACGUCAUCUUAUAGUAUUACUUUCUUUUGAACUUCCUGUCUAUCUCCACCUCACCACAGCUUUACAGAGGUGAAGUGGUUAUCUUAUAGUAUCACUUUCUUUUGAGCCUCCUGUCUAUCUCCACCUCACCACAACUUUACAGAGAUGAAGAAGUCAUCUUAUAGUAUUACUUUCUUUUGAGCUUCCUGUACAGUCUUGCUUAAAAAAGGUAAAAAAAUGAUACUUUUUAUGAACUUUGCACAAUAUACCAAUAUCUUUAGUAGAGAUGUUUAGGAAAGACCCAGAUUAUUAUAUCAACAACUAACGUAGGUCAAUAUGGUCUCAAGAUGGCCUCUUAAAUACAUUCAAGUCUUAUCUUGUUGAAUUCUUGUUUGCAUCAGAUGUGAUGGAAGUGAAAAAAAUUCCACGAAAAGUAACGUUUUGGAAGUUGGCCAAAAAGCCUGAAGCCAUAGAACUGGUUCCCAACAGUUAUGCAGUGGUUCACCUGAACGAUCUCAACAACCACAGAAAUGUUCUUGCUCUCAUACAUCUGAGUCGGAAUUCCCAGAUAACAGGCGUGCAGUUUUUUACAUCAGAAAACACUCAAGUGGUCUGUAAUAUUAGAGAUGUCCUGUCAAAGUGUUGUGAUGGUAAGAGCUUUAAGCAUACGAGUUUAGUCAGGUUUAUUGAUUUUUCCAAGGAAAUAAAGGUGGGUGCCCAAAAACAAUGGUGGGUAAAGUAACAACACAGAUAAAUACAGUGGAACCCCGCCUUACAGCCAUCUCGGUAAUAAGGUCACCCUCGUUAUUACAGCCAGUUUUUUUCGGCCAGGCAAAACAGCCAAACAUUUCCUUAUAAAAAAAAAUGUUAAUGCGGUCACCCAUAAAUACCAAACGGUAGAAUCUCUUAUAAUUGCACCUUGUUAAUUAAUACGGCCACUCAUUUGAAAUUUAGAAAAUUAAUAUGCCUGUCACAUGUCAAUUUCAUUGACCUAGUAAUCUGAGCUUAUUCUUGUACUGUUUUCAGGCAGUACACUUAAAAUGCACUUGUGGCGAUUUAUAGCUGAAUUUCAAAAUAGUUUCAUGUAGUGAAGGAUAAUUUUAGGUAGUUUUUUCAAUUACUGUACACGAUAUCAACAUUUCAGUGAGAACAGUUGUUUAAAAAAUGUGAAUGCGAUGUACUGUGUGUUUGUCAUUACAGCCCUCAAGUCAUGAAAUUUGAGCCUGUCCUGGUAAUACAGCCUCCCCAUUAAUACACCAAUUUUUUUUGACCCAUUGGUGACCGUAUUAAUGGGUUUCCACUGUACACUCAACUGUCACCUUUUAGACACCUCACUAUAACAGACACCUCGACAAGACGGACAGAAGCUCAAUCCCAAGCAAAAAAUAAAUCACACACAUUUGACUGAAGUAAAUCGCGGCUAUUACAGACUCUUGCUAAUGGGGACACCAACUUUGUGGGGGGGAAGGGGGGCGGGGCGGGGCGGUGGUUGAGGGGUGGAUUCUAACACUGAACCCUCAAAAUUUACAUUCAGUUUCUUUUUUUCUUGAAAGUGACCAACUGCAUGUUACAAUGAGCUAUCUGUAAUGUGUUAGUCUUAGUUCUGAGGUAUUCAUUAUGUGAUAAUUUCAGACUGAAAGGUUAAUUUGUCAAUUUGGUUCAAUUUUUUCCAGGUGUUUCUUUUGAUGUUGCUGUCAGUGACGUCCAUGAAAAGACUCAUCUACUAAUAUUCCGUGACAGGGUUUGUUUAACAAGAAUCCAAGGAUUAGACUUCAAACUGCAUAGGGAAUGGCCCAUUGAAUCUCUGACACAGGUGACAGCCACAGCUGGUAGUAUCACCCUUGUCAUGACAAAGGAAGGGAGAAAAGAACCAUUUGAUUUGAGAACUGAACAAGGAAAUGAAAUAAAAGUACUUUUAAGUGACAAGAUUCAGUGCCUUUCACCUGCCAUCCUGCGACACCUUUCUUGUGGCUUGAACAUAGCUACAGAAAUGACACACUGCGAUGGCAACUCUAAUAUUGUACCAACUGCACACGAGUCUCAGGCCUUCAAAGCACACCCAGUACAAUUUACAGUAAAUAAUCAUAAAACACAAGGGCAAUUUCCAUCACCAAACGAAUCAAAUUGUUUAUCCAGUAAAACUGCGAGUUCUGGUGAUGUGAGAUUAACUCCUUUGCAUCUUCAAUCAGUUUCUGAUUCAAAAUCGGAUUCACAGAUAUCUGCAGUUACACAUAGACUACAGCAUGAUGAUAAGGUUCACACUCAAAAUCAGCUUAAAGUGAAUAACACCAAGGAAACAUAUGCACGUGACUGCGAAGGCAAACCUGAAAGGAAACAUGCUAAAGAAGAUCUUGAACAUGAGCCACCACCUGUCCCACAGCGUCAAUUAAAACCCAGCGGCAAGCAGACAACACAAAGCGAUUUGGUCACUGGUGAAAUGUCUGCAAAUGAUAACAAUAUGGGUGAUUUUACUUUACCAAGGACACGAAACUUUCAGAUUGUUCAACAACCCUUGAAUGAGCGAAAAAGGCAACGACACAAUAGCUUGCCAGGUAAAGAAGUGAGAAAGACAUUUACAGAGCUUGUUCGACCAAUAUGCGAAGACCCUCCUCCUAAAAAAUCUGAAAACGGUUGUGAAGAUGAAUUAUUGGAUUUGGAGCCUUCAAGCAAUGUUGGUUUGCCAACAGAUAGGCAUUGCACUGUGGCUAAAAAUGAGGAUAAUCGCAAAGAUUAUGAGUACCACAAACUGCCUGACACGGUUGAAAAUAAAGAGGAACCAGCCACAGAUAAACUAAGUUCUAAGCACCACAAACUAGCGAACGUAGCUGAAAACAAAGGGGAGCCAGCCGAAGAUAAACUGCAUUAUGUCAACUUACCACAAGGCUUUAGACCAAGUUGUUAUCUUUACAUGAAUCUUCCUGAUCCAAAGAAAGCUCCCAAGGAAUCUGUAACUUAUGUCAACCAUGUUUACAUGGGCAGAAGUAUGAAAGGCAUUUAUGAAAAUGUGUUUCCCAUCAUGUCGGAAUGUCCAGAGGGAAAAGAGUCAGUACCAGAACUUCCACCGCCAACACUUCAACCUCGUCAGCCACCGCCUAGAAUACCACAGCGGCUACCACCUGGUAGGCAAGUACCGCGAAAUAUGCCACCAAAAUUUCCUACGGCAAGUCCUUUACCUUGUCCACCUCCACGCCCACCAAGGAAAUCUCUUAAAUGUACAUCAGCUUCAAAGGUAACAAACACCUUGUGUUAUGAUGUAAUAAUGAAUACAGUUGGAGCUCUCCUUGUGACCAUUCUCAUAAGCGACCAGCUCUUGAUACGACCACCUUUGUGAAACCCUGUUUGAGCUGUUGUAAUGAAAAGCUCUCAUAAGCGACUGCUCCCUUAAGCGAUUACAUCAGCUUUGGAGAUUACCCAAUUGUACUUGCCCUUUGCUUUUGAGCUUUGGUAAGCGACCACUCAGAGUCUUAUAUAUAAAUCAACACUUUACUGAAACUGCACAUUGGAUGUCCAGUUUAGCUAUGUCUAUAUCAGAUAAAAAGACACUCAUUAAACAGUAAUUUCUUCUUUAUGAAUUGUUAAUGAGUUUUUAAACUCUUGUAAGCGACCACCCUAUAUUGUUUUGCCACAGGGUUGCUAAUGAGAGCUCAUUCUCUUAAGUGACCAGCUUUCGUUACGACCUCUUUUUAGAAUUUCUGGGGUGGUCGUUUACGAGAGCUUCAACUGUAAUAAAAAUUAUUCACCUAGUAAUAGAGAGAAGUGUGAUGUCAUGUUACCAUGGAAACAAAAUUUUUGGAUCACAAAAAAAGGGAGCUUAGGCAAGAAUGACGGCAACAAGAACGGCAAAAAAAGCAAUAAGUUUACAUUAAUAAAACAACUUUGCACGUCAUACAUCAUGCUUUUCUGCACAUUUUUUAGCCAUCGUUGCAUGACUGCGACAUGAAACUUCCUAAUUUCACCCGUCCGCUUUACUGAGUAGGUGAACAAAACUCGGAUUUCUAAACUCGGAUACGAUCCUUUCGGAUUCAACCCCAGAAAAUUUUGCCAACAUUUGGCAAAUUAAAUGAAUAAGAUAGAUGAAGUUUGAAACAGUGCAAAUUUACUUUUUAAGUGAAAUUUUGGUUUUGCUACCAUGGCAACAUGACGUAACAACUUCUCUCUUUAGCUUUGCAUGUAUUAUUCUACAAUUCCAUGAGGGACUUACAAGUCUUGAUGAUUCAUUGUAAAAUGUUCGACUUGUUUAGGAGGACAUCCAAGUUCAAAUUGCAGUUUUUGCAUCAAGAGCAGUUGUCAGUCGGGUGUGGUACCUACGGAUUGUGGUGAUGAAACAUGAUCCAGAUGACACUACCUUUAAAGUGAGUUGAUCAUUGUUAUUAAUAUUCUGUUAGUGAAAGACUGUCAUAAGAAAACUCAGUAAAUUCCUUCUUGGUGUGUGUUCAUCACCCUUAAUAAGAUUGUUACUCUGCAUCCAUAAUUGUUACUUGACGACAAGGGUGUUAAUCAGAGGGGGCUUAUGACUUAUGGUUUGCCAGCUUUGUAGGAAACUAAUGAUACUUUCUGAUGAGUAGAACUUAGAUUGGACUAUUUGUAUAUAUUUCACAAAUUAAGGCUCUGGAAAACAGAUGUUAAAAUAAUUCUAUAAAAAUAAACCAAAAUUUCAGCCCAAAAAAAUCUACCUCCCCCCCACCCCCCGCCCAUUUAAUCUGCUCAUCCAACGAAAAAGACCCCUUAAGUUACUGCAGUAUAGUCAUAUGUUAGAUGUUCUACUUAUGCUAUCCUGUUCCAAUGAUUUUGUAUAGACGGUGAAGGAACGUGAACUUGCCAGCAAGUAUCAUCUGAUGCAGACUUAUCCAUGUAGCAUUUCCUCAGAUAUCAUCAUUUCAUUGAAACAUCAGUGCCAGCAGUUUAAACUUACCAGCGAAGAUUCACAGGUGAAUACUUUAAAUGAGAUGGAGAAAUUUCUCAAAUAAUAGUUGAACUGUAAAUGCCCAACUUCAAUACUAGUAUUACACACCAUUCCAAAUUAAUACUUUGUUUUAGAAAAUUUUUUGCUCUAAAGUGUUACACUGUUAUGCAGAAAAUGUUCAGCUCUCUCUCUGAAAAAGAGUGUCAGCCCCCAGGUGCUGGCUCCUUGGAAAGUUGAGCGGUGGGGUAGGGUCUCUGUAUUGGUUUAUAGCAGACUGAUUAUGUAAAUUUUAACCCAUAAGUACAUACUCCAAUUGGCUAUCUGGUUCCAGUUGUUCAAAAGGUGGAUAGCGCUAUCCACCAGAUAAAUCUCUAUCCAGUGGAUAUCGCAAUCGUUUUCCAUAAUAUUUAUCCGCUGGAUAGUGAUUUAUCCAGUGGAUAGGGCUAUCCAACCUUUGAACAACCGGGGCCUGGAGGUGACAUAACAUAACCUAUGAGAAGUCUCUCUGAGGGCAACAUUGCAAAAUCUAUAAUGUCAGAGGGAACAAUGCAUUUUUUUCAUAAGGUAGUUUUGUUCUUACCAUCAAUAUAACAGUUUUCCAGUUUAGGAACAGUCAGAGUUUUACAUUCACUGUCAUUAAUGUGUAUGUUUUUUGCCAACAGGAGGUUGAUUACCACAUAAUUGAGAAUCUUGUUCAUGGUUUUUGGUUUGUUGUUGAGUUCCAUUUGGAACAUCUAAGCGAUGAAGUUGAACAGUUUGUUGGAAAUGUCUGUGUCGAGCCUAAAGGUCUCCCUGUUGGUGAAAAAUGUCCGAUCAACAAGAAAUUCAAUCUUGGAAUCACCGAAGAUUUUGAACUGAAGGUUAGCAAUAUCCUUUGAAUUAAACCAUUUACAUGCAGUACAUCCAUAGAUUGAUUACCAUUUUCUCUGAUUUAAAUACUGUUGGCCAGAAACAAUCAAUGUGCUACAUUAUAUCAAAUCUCAGCUAAGAGGGUGUUAAUAGUUUGUAGGCAAAAUUUGUACUUCCACUAAGAUGUGACUUUUCUUGUAAAGAUGUGAUCACCAAAGUACAGAUCAGCAUUCUGGGAUUUGUGGUGCACAGGAAACCCAGCAAAAUUCCUACAUACCUUAAAAUCCCACGUUAAAGCCCUGGGCUUAUAUAACGUCAUAAGGGGUUUUGGGUGAUUAAACUUAACUGAGAAACGAGUUAAAGCAAACAUACUAUUACAUUUAGAGUUGCCAGUACAUUUAUAAUACAUUUAUCGUGCAUCACUCCAAAACAUUGGAGUUGAACAGAUGUGUCGGAAAUGAACAGUAGAACAGAACUUGCCGCAUUAUAUAUGCAUGAACGCUUCCUUUCUUUCUGAUUGUGGUGUCAAUAUCAUUGUUUUCAAGUCCACGGCCACUAUCUUGUUUAUGCCUAUAACUUUAGAUUAUAAAUUUUGAUGUUUGUAAAGAAAGAGAGGUUGGGGGUUUACUUCUGGAAUAAUAUCUUCAUUAGCAAAUGGAUGGGCUUAUAUCCAGGGGGGGGCUUAAAACUGGAGGGGGCUUUAACAUGGGAUUUUACAGUAUGUUAUUAUUUGCAAAGUAACAAACAAAUUCUUCAGACUGAUCUCCUUACAUUUCGUUACAGAAUUGGUUAUGAGAGAAUUUGAUAAAAUAUCAAAGCGUUUUCCCUUUGGUGAUCAUUUUUAUUAAUUCUCAGAGCCUUUUACAUUGAUUGUGGUGAUAUUUUUAGGAGAAAAUUGGUGCUGGUCACUCACUCUUUGGAUUUUAAAAGCAGGGCUCAAAAUUAAAGUGCCUAUAACCCAUAGCCAAUAUCUUUCUUUUUAAAAAGUAGAAACAUAUAACAUGCAAAAACAAGCAAUAGAAUGGGAUUUGAGCUCAAUCUCGAUUUUUAACAGGCGAUUAAAAUCCCGGUUCACAAAGUAAAAAACGCGCCUUAUGAGGGACUGGUCACAGUAGCCUGUGACGUCAACCCAGUAUCUCAGCGUUAACACGAUUGGCUACAAGAUACUGGGUUGACAUCACAAGCAUUUAGUGCGAGGUCUCUCAAUCACUCCUUUUUGAAUAAAUAGGGUGGGAAUUAGCCUCAAAUUGCCAAUUUCGUCCCUCGAUAAAAGUGUGUUGAAACACAAAGUAACUUUUAUUUCUUUGCAAAAAUUCUUUAAACUACAAAAGUGUUCGAAAUUUAAUAUAACUAAACACAGGUGAUAAAUGGCACUUUAAUGCUUGCAAACUCGCAAAAUGCAAGUGAUUUUGAUGAUCUGCGAGUGAGAAAAAUAUCCAAUAGCAAUCAUCCAAUAAGAAUCAUCCACGUCUCCCAAACAAAGGGAAAGCAUUUGCUAGUUGUCUCACCAGUUUGCUAGUGGAAAAAAAUCUUACGAGUAAAAUUUUGCAAGUGUACUAGAAAGUUAACUUUGAGCCCUGCUUUAAUGGUUUAACUCCAAAUUAGUACUCAUUUAGUAACUUGCAACCUGUUUUUCUUUAAUUUACAGCAACAGUGCAGCAAAUGUGAAAAACCUGGGAGUUAUGACACAGAACACCAGCCCUGUAAAUCAGUUAUUUCUAAUUAUACACUGCGGAGGAAAGUUUGUCAGCAACUAGAUAAUACUACGCAUUCAUGUUACAACUGGAAAGAUGUAGCUGGACUGCUAGAAUUUUCUUUGGAAGAUAUAAACAACAUUGAAGACCGGUCAUAUCGCCAUCAUGGAUUCUCUCCAAUGGAGGAUGUUCUUUCAAGAUGGGAACAACGUGACCCUCAAUCCAGCUUAGAAAGACUUGUCAGCAUUUUAAGACAAAUUCAAAGACUGGAUGUGGUUGGUGAACUUGGUUAUCCUGUGGAUUAGAGAAGCUCAUGAUGUGAAUAAGUGAUUUGCCACAUUACUGCUGUUAAUUCAGAAGUGGUGUAAAAAUGUCAAUUUUUUAAUUACGGACAGUGGAACUAGGAUAUAAUGAAGGACUGAGGGACUGGAAAAUAUUUGUUUGCUAUAACGAGGUUUCAUAAUAUUAUUAUCAAGAUUCUCUUUCACAAUUUUACUAUCACUGGGGUAAAGAAGAACGUUUGUUAUACCAAGGAAUUUGUAAAAUAGAGGUCCAUUUUAUAGACAUUCCACUGUACUUAUUAAUAAAACUCAUCAAUUUCAUAGCUAAGGAAGAUUUAAACUUAGGACAUCACUUCUGUGAAGUUAUUAAAACUGUAAAGCUUUGAAAAUUUUGCUCUUGUUCAAAACUUGUUGAUCAAGGAUCAAGAUCAAUAUUACAAAGCUAUAAAAAACACUUGAAAGAGUUAAGUGUUCCAUGGAUAUCUAGACACCUUGAAGUUGAAAAAGCCUUAUUUUUUUCAGAUACUUCUCAAUGUGUCUGGAUAUUAGCACCAAUAAAAUAUUCUAAGUGUGUUUAAUCUAACAGUAAUAAAUUUAAUUUUUCUUCAAACAUGCUCCUCAGGAAAUAGACCUUCUGGAAAGGGUUCGUAAUUUUUUAAAUGAGAAAGGCCCAGUUUUGUCAACCAUGAUGAUGGCCGAUGUGCAAUGGCAACAGUUCUUUCAAUGUUGAUGUAAAGCAAAGUAAAUUUUUUUGUAAGUAUUCUAUUUUUAUGUCAGGAAAUAAAUACAUCUAAAAUUUAAACUAGCUUUAAACUUGUUUAAACUAAGCUUGUUUUGCAACUUUUUUAUCUUGUUUCUUUCCUAUUACACUUAAAGUAGUAAUGUAGUAGUGAACCAAAGUAGUAUUGAUAAAUAAUGGUACUAUCAGUUUGUUCAGAAAUAAAAGUGUCUUACAUUAUUCGUGAAUGAGAAAUAAAAAAGAGCCUGUAUAAUAAUCCUCUACUGUGAUCUUUUAUAAAUUGACAUGGCCAUAUGAGAUAUUAACAUUCCAUUUAAAAUUAGAUCUGCAACGUAUUUGAACUCUAUCUUUCAAACCACCCAAAAACACAAUGGUAAUGACCAGUCUCUAGACUGCAUUGAAGAUGUUUUCUUCGGGUGUGCCAGUGUUUAUGCCAGUGUAUCCGCAAUGCUGAAUUCUUAAAAAAGUUUAAGAUUUGGGGUGAUUCCAUGAGGGCAAGGACAACCCCAUAGGAUGGUAUUGCUGGUUUGCACAUGACCUCACGGCGGUCAUGUUUGUGGUCAAGAACAACAGCAUUAUUCUACUCUGGGAACUGAACUC